AUGUUGCUUCCAUCUGCGCUUUCCUGCGACCUGCGACGAUCGUCGCGCUUCACACCCAUUCGGUCAUUCGCGACUCCUCCUCCAUCCGACGACGACGGCCCUCCAGGCAACGGCCUUUUGGGAACGUGUCGCGCCCUUCAGUCUCUCCUAAAUGGCUCUCCAGCCCCCUCUUCGCGACGAGCGAAACCAGAACGUCUUCAGAGUCCUCUUAACCUCCGCCUCGCGCCCACUCCAUCCUCCUCGACGCGGUCGCGGAAAGCAAAGGAAACUAGACCAUCCCCUACACCAUACUCAAGACCUUCCCGCGGCGCCAACAAACGAACGCGCGACUGCUACGAGGAAGAUAAUGAUAUCAGCAUGCGCGAUGCCGAUAUUUCGCAUUCAAGACCCUCGACCCCAAAACGUCCCCGCAAUCUUCCCUUUGACCUGCCCCUAGGUCUCUCGCAUUCCGACUUUUACUCGCUUCACUCCCCUCCAGUCACACAAUCUCCUCCAUCGUCUGCGCAGCGACGCGAGCCCGACCGUUCCGAAAAGCACCGAGCGAUACCUUCCUAUGAUCCUGACGCUGUGCUGCCUUCGAUCGAAGAAUCAGAAGAGCCAGCGCCAGCGCCGGCAGACGAUUCAGCGUGGACAGCAGAGGACGACCAGCGUUUGGUAGAGACGGUUCUUGAAAAGUUCAAGCUCUCCAAGCAAGACUGGGAUGAGUGCGCUCGGCUUAUGGGCAAAGAUCACGCCAGCGUGGGACAACGCUGGCAGGCUCUUGUCGGGGAAGGCAAUGUUGGCCUACGACGAGGGCGACGUAUGGUCCGCAGCCGCAUUCAUAAAGAUUGGAUGUAA